AUGUAUGCAUCAAACCAAGGUCAUAGAAGAAAGUCACAAUCAGAUAGUAGACGAAACAGUAACGGAGUUCAAGGUUCCGAAAGUGGUGGAUCCGGUAGUGACAAUAAUGUUACUGAUGACAUCGUCAAAGUUACUGCUUCAUUAGACAAUAUUAAUAUAUGUGAUAAUGAAAAUGAAUCCAAGUCCGCCGCUCAAUCUACUACUAAUAAUGACGCCUUGUCGACAGGCUCUCAGGGACAACAGGAGGUUGAGGAGUGGGAAAAGAGUGCAGAUGGCGAGGUAAAGAUUAACAAUGCUGUCAAUAGUCCUGGCGCUAGUCCUGUAGAUGGAAAUACGAAUCCAUUUGAUUGGUCAGCUAACAAACAAAAGGAAGGUCAAAGGAACGAUAAUGCUCCCAAAAAUGAAAAUAGAGGAGCCUUUAAAAAAGGACAUAAGAAAAGCAAGAGUAGUAAAAUUGAAUUCAAUUUUGAUCCAGAUGCAUUUGAGGGGUCAACUCGGAUUCUUGAUAUCUUUGAUUUUCCCGCAUCUUUCAAGACUCAUCAUCUCCACGAAAUUUUUCAAGAAUAUGAAAGUAUGCGUGGAGGCUAUCGCAUCAAGUGGAUGGAUGAUACUCGUGCUUUAAUCAUCUUUGAACAUCCAGUUACAGACCCCAAUAAUGCUCAACCUCGAGCACGUCCUGCUACUACUGACAUGGUCGCUAAGCGUCUUGUUCAUGGAGCUUUGGGUGUACGUACUAUUAGGUCACCUGAACAGCGUCAAGCAGAAAAUCAAAUUCUUCGGAAUGCUAGAGAUCAAAAAGACCAACAAAAGCGCAAUGAGACUAGACGUUCUCAAGAUGUGGACGCGGCCUUCAAUGAAUAA